CUUCAGCCGUCUUCCACACCCUUUUGCGACGUUUCGCGACGGUGGCGCCGGCCGGCAGGAGGUGCCUGCAGCUGCGGCCGUGGUGGCUGAGUGCCGGCUGAUGCGAAGUGGCUUCCUGCGCUCCGUGCUGUUGCGAAAUCUGGCUGGGAGCGGGGGGCGGCUCGGGGCACGGGGCCUCCGAGACGGAGCGGCCAUGGCGGCGGGGGAGAGCAUGGCGCAGAGGAUGGUCUGGGUGGACCUGGAGAUGACGGGAUUGGACAUAGAGAAGGACCAGAUCAUUGAGAUGGCCUGUCUCAUAACAGACUCUGACCUCAACAUUUUGGCUGAAGGUCCUAACCUGAUUAUAAAUCAGCCAGAUGAGUUGCUGGACAGCAUGUCAGAAUGGUGUAAGGAACAUCAUGGGAAGUCUGGUCUUACCAAGGCAGUGAAGGAGAGUACAAUUACACUGCAGCAGGCAGAGUAUGAAUUUCUGUCCUUUGUACGACAGCAAACUCCUCCGGGGCUCUGUCCACUUGCAGGAAAUUCAGUUCAUGCAGAUAAGAAGUUUCUUGACAAAUACAUGCCCCAGUUCAUGAAACAUCUUCAUUAUAGGAUAAUUGAUGUGAGCACUGUUAAAGAACUGUGCAGACGCUGGUAUCCUGAAGAAUAUGAAUUUGUACCAAAGAAGGCCGCUUCUCACAGGGCAUUGGAUGACAUCAGUGAAAGCAUUAAGGAACUUCAGUUUUAUCGAAAUAAUAUCUUCAAGAGAAAAACAGAUGAAAAGAAGAGGAAAAUUAUAGAAAAUGGAGAAAAUGAGAAGACUGUGAGUUGAUGAUGUGUCUCAUGCUGCCACGUUACUCCCUGGAUAUGACUUCUGGGAAAUUUUUGUUCACCCUAAUUGUUUGGGAAAGCAUCUCCUUUCAUUUACCUUGCAUCUUCAGAUAGUUCAAGCAGAUUAAGCCUGAAAUACAGUUUUUCUAAGUUAGGGCUGUGAAAAUCUGUCAUUUAAUCUCAGCAGCAACUUUGUUUCUAGGUACCAGGUCACUUAUACCUCUUGGUACACAUCUGCAUCUGCUUUUAGACCAAAACACUUUUCUUUUGUUAAAAAAUAAAACUAGUUCAAUUAAAA